CGUUAACUGUAACAGAUCAGAAUAAUUGAGAGAAAACAGUCGAGGAAAGGUACCCACCUACUCAAAUCGAUUCAAGUCGAAAGAAGAAAUUAAGCAAUACAUCCUAUGGAAAUCAAAGUAUAAGCUUGCAAAGUAAAGAACUUAGAAAGGGUGUCGGCUAAAGAAUGGCGUUGCUGGGAAUUUGAGGUUUUAUUGGAAAUCACAUCUCUCGUUAUAAAUUUCAUUUCGUUGAGGUGCUCAAACCACAUAAAUUCUAUCUCAACAAAUCAACACAUCCAUGGCAUCUUCAUCUUCUCCUUCUGCUCUGGCCUUUUCUUCUCAAUCAUGGAAGUACCAUGUUUUUCUUAGCUUUAGAGGAGAAGAUACUCGUAAGACUUUUGUGGAUCAUCUCUAUUCAGCUCUUCAACAACAAGGGAUCUAUACUUACAAGGACAACGAAACACUUCCUCGGGGCGAAUCGAUUGGUCCAUCCCUUAUGAAAGCUAUAGAAGAAUCUCAAAUUGCUGUCAUCAUAUUCUCUGAAAACUAUGCAGAUUCUUCAUGGUGCUUAGAUGAACUUGAAUGUAUUAUGAAAUGCAAAGAUACAAAAGGCCAAAUCGUUAUGCCCAUAUUUUAUGAUGUGGAUCCCUUUGAAGUGCGAAAACAGAAACGAAAGUAUGGAGAAGCAUUUGUUAAACAUUGGUUGGAGAACGAAACCAAAGUUGAGUCUUGGAGAAAAGCACUUGUGGAUGCAAGUAACCUUUCUGGAUGGGAACCCAAGCACAUUGCCAACGGGCAUGAAUCAAAGGUUAUCAAAGAAAUUCUUGAUGCAAUUUCACAAAGGUUGCAGCUAGUAACUUCAAGUGCAAAUGAGAAUCUGAUUGGGAUUGGGAACCGCAUGCAACGUUUGAAAUCAGAGUUACAAAUUGAGUCAGGUGGUGUGCGCAUGAUUGGAAUAUGGGGGGUUGGGGGUGGUGAAAAUGUACGCGAGGAAUCAAGAAAGAAUGGUUUGGAAAAAUUGCAAGAAGAAAUUCUCUCUGUUGUUUUGAAACAAAAGAAAUUGAAGGUACGUAGAGUCGAGGAAGGAAGACGUUUGAUAAUAUCUAUUAAGCUCUUUUGCAAGCAUGCACCCCGUGGUCAUAGAUGUAUAGAAGAUUAUGAGUUGCUUUCAGAAGAUGUGGUUUCUUAUGCUGGUGGGCUUCCAUUAGCACUUACAGUUCUCGGUUCUUUUCUAUGUGACAAAGACAUUCAUGAGUGGAGGAGUGCAUUAGCCAGACUAAAAGAGAUCCCGGAUACUGAUAUUGUAGAAAAGUUAAAAAUCAGCUUUGAUGGACUUAAACCAAUAGAGAAAGAAUUGUUCCUAGAUAUUGCAUGUUUUUUUAGGAGGGAGUUAAAGGACAAGACAAUGGAGAAACUUGAUGCUUGCGGUUUUCAUCCUGUUAUAGGUAUAAAGGUGUUGAUACAAAAAGCUCUUAUAACUAUUUCAGAUGGACUAUUUGAUAUGCAUGAUUUGAUACAAGAAAUGGCACACUACAUUGUUAGAGGGGAACACCCUAACAAUCCUGCCAAACAUAGUAGACUUUGGAAGAAGGAGGAUGUUCUUAGAAUAUUUGCUAUGGAUGCAACGAUGAAACUUGACAAUAUUGAAGCAAUAAAAUUUUGGGAUGCUACGGAUGAGGAAUUACAACAUUUUGUUCAUGUGGCUGCAAACAUGAAAAAACUUCGGUUGAUUAGUUUGAGGACUGAAGAGAGUAUUGAGACUACACGCCCAUUGCCAGAAAAUUUUCCACCAAGGGAGUUGUGUUGUCUAAGAUUGCAAGGUCUUAAGCAAAAACAACUUUGGGAAGGCUAUAAGUAUCUGCCAAAUCUGAAAAACAUGGAACUUAUUGCUUUGGAGAAGCUAAUUGUGACUCCAGAUUUUGAUGGACUUCCGAAUCUUGAAAGAUUGACACUUACCGAAUGUUAUUGUUUAGAAGAGGUUCAUCCAUCGAUUGGGCACUUGGAUAGUCUUGUUGCCUUAUGUAUAAUAGAUGCUUCGUGCCUUAAGUUGUUUCCACACAUUACCCAAUUAAAAAAGCUCGAAACCCUUAUAUUUUUAGAUUGUUUCCAAAAUUUUAAGCCGUCGGCGUUCCAACAACAGAACAAUAGCAGUAUACCACAUCUUCAAUUGGAUAAUGGUGGGAAAGAAGUUGGAUCCUAUAAAGAAUCUGUUACAAACUCUUUGGUUACUUGUUGGAGGUGUGGUUUGAGCAAUCUUCCUGGUGUUAAAUGUUGUUUAGAAGAGCCUUGUUUACCUCACAACAACAUAGAGUUACGUUUUUCUUAUAAAGGCUUAUGUAAGUUGAAUCUCAGUGGUUGUGAAUUGGGAGAUGAAUACAUUGGCUCUUGUGUUUGGGAGUUACCCAACUUACAAGAACUCAGUCUAGCAGCAAAUAAUUUUUCAAGAUUGAAUUUUAGUCUCUUGCAACUUCCUCGGCUCAAAUGGCUAAACCUGGCAGCCUGCUUUAAUCUUGCGGAAUUGUCAGGGCUCCCAUCAAGUAUAGCUGUUGUUAUAGCGGAUGGUUGUAGCUCACUUGAAAGCUUUGGAAAUAUUUCAAACUGUAAAUGGUUGUGGAAAGUCUCACUUCUGGGGGACAACAAACUUUAUGGUGACAUAUUACUACACUACAUGCUCCAGGGAAAUGCUAUAGAGGAUCACUUUAUCAGUCUCAGUCUUGAACAUCAGAUGAUUCCAAAGGGGGUAGUAGUUAGGGGGAAAACAUUUACACUGAAUCUUCCAGAUAAUUGGUACAAUGACUUUUGUGGGUUCUUAGUACACAUUGUUACCGACAUUGAAUGUCCGAAAGUUACUAUAAUCAUCAUGGAGAAGGUUGAUGAUGAAGAUUCUAGAUUUGAGGCUCUAAAGGAGUCUAAUGAAGCAAUGGAUCCUGAAUAUAUUAAUGGAACAACAACAUCCAUAGGAUAUGUUUCGUUUAAUUCAUUGAAGCACACCACAUGGUCAAAUUCAUCAUACAAUAUGAUUUCGUUUUCCUUAGAAGAAACGUAUCGGAAUCCGGAUGCAGUUGAGAGUUACAUUGGAGCUGCACUUAUUCCUAGAAAAGGUAAAGGAGAUGAGGUGCAAACAACAGAUUGCUCAGGAUUCUGGGACAAAGAACGUACUAUACAUGAAAAGACAUUUAGGAUCCAACAUGAUUCAAAGUCCCCUGUCAAGAUUAUAUGGCAUCCUUUCAACUGGUAUUGACUAACCCAUUCCCACAGAUCUCUGAACUAUAUGCCAACUUGUAGCUCACACUGAACAAUUUUUUUUUGAGUUAUUGUGAUUAAGAUCAGUGGCAACAUACAUGUAUUUAAAUGAAUUUGUUUUUGUGAUCCAAAAUGUACCAAUA